AUGCGCAGCCCCAAAGGAUUUGAUGUUGCCAACAAUGAGGCGAAAGAUAGCCAUGAAGUGUCCUUGCUAUCACAACCGGAGCAGAUGCAGUUGAUUUUCCCCUUAAUACAAUCUGAAGGAAAUGUGGGAAGUUUAGCGCCGAUAAAAACUGUAGAUAUGAUCUUAACUCAUGACAUCACAAGACUGAGGGAUCAAACAGGCAAUGAAGCUGGUGAAGAGGAUGCGGAAUACGAAGGAGAUUCUGGAUAUGGGAUUACCCUAUAUAACCGCCGAGGCGAAGGUCGAAGAAGCACUAUGCUGCAGCGUCGGGAUCGGCCCCGUGCAGCUCUGUUUCAAGAGCUGAAACCCUGUCUGCCUCGUCUAUCUACCACCACCAACGAGUCGAUUUCCUAUUCUGACAGCACCAAUCUCCGUCACAAGCCAUUUUCGGACCUAAUUGAUGAGCUUCUGGAAGCGAAUUAUUCAAGCUCGGAAAAAUCGGCCAAUCUAAGCAGCCGCCCAUCUCUCACCUCCUUGUCAGAGAGCUCAAUAGCCUCAUCAUCCUGCAAACACUCACCAGUUCCUCUUAAUUCCUGUGGGAACCCCUUAGAAGGCGUCGAAAUCAGCCCAAGUACCCUCUAUUCUACUCCUGGCCAUAGACGUAAGUCUUCCGGCUACCUGGAAAAAGAUUCAAGUACCUACGUGUAUCCCCUGAAGCAAGCCAGUGGACUCACCCCAAUUAAACCGUCUUCCAUUCCUUGUAGUCGUCCAGUCCUUCGUAGCGCUACCAAAUAUCGAACUUUCUCAAAUCCUCAAGCUUCGUCGCACUUUGGAACCAAAAGGGUCUCGAGCACACCAAGGCGAACACCAGUCUCUUCCUGCUCCUCAUAUAGUGAGUCACAUGAAAUACCCGGAUUCGAGGACAAACAGCCUCAUUUUAUGCAUAAUAGCUACUACAACAAUAUAUCCAGUCUCAAACUUAAGAAUUCCGAGUGUACCGGCAUGUCUAACCAAAGCACUACGGAAGAGCGUCAGAGAAUAAUCAGCAAUAAUCGAUCUAUACGGGUCAUCAAAAACGAGUUAGAGAGUCUACUCGAAAGAGAGGCUAUUAGCGAUGACGCGUACGAGAGUAUAAUGUCUACUCUUCCCGCCGAGUUAUCCUUAAAUGGAACGACGGGGGUCCGGAAUGCAGCCAAAGCCAAUGUAUCUGCGACGCCUGCAGCCUCAAAUACACCAGUCAAUGUAACAACUAAUGCUAUGAACAGUCUUCAACUUGGCAAUAACAACCAGUCAUCUACUCCCUCCCUUCCUAGGCGGGAUCCUGUUACCCCGCCAGUCAGACCCGAGCUAACGCGCGCUAUGGCACUCUACCGAUAUGCCGAACCCGGGGACUGCAACUUUGAAGCCGGUGAUAUGAUCGCCGUCUAUGAGUACAUGAAUACCGAUUGGUGGCUGGGAAAGAAUCUGAGGACAGGGCAGGAGGGUGUCUUUCCCCACAAUUACGUACAAGUCCAACCUAUCGCCGGGCCAGGGAUGUACAGUAACGAGAAGGCCAAUACUUAUGGAAAUGGAUAUCCUGGACCUUACCAAGCUCAGGCCAUGCCACCACCUGCGUCAUCUAAUCCGUAUAAUAGUUCUGUGCCUCCGAUGCAGGUUGCAGAGCAGCAGACAACCGAUGGCAAGCCAAGUAAGGGCGGGGAGAUGGGUAAGAAAAUAGGAAAAAAGCUAGGGAAUGCGGCUAUCUUUGGUGCUGGUGCCACAAUGGGAGGAAACCUUGUCAACUCAAUUUUUUAG